ACAUAAAAAUAAAACUAAAAAGUCCAGUAACGAUGGAAUCUCCCUUGCUCUUUCUCAUAACACUAUUAUGCUUUCUUCAGUCACUCCUUGUUGCUUCACACAACCUAUCAAAGUCUUCAACCAUCUGCAAAACGACGCCGGAUCCAAAAUACUGCAAAACAGUUUUCCCACACAGCCAAGGCAACGUUCAGCAAUACGGCCGUUUCUCAAUCCGCAAAUCGCUAUCUCAAUCGCGAAAGUUCAUCCGCACGGUCGAUAAAUAUCUAAAACGCAACGCUCAUGCAUCUCCACCCGCCGUUACUAGAGCUCUCCAAGACUGCCGUUUCCUAGCCGGUCUAACCAUGGAUUAUCUCUUAACGUCGUUUGAAACCGUUAACGAAACGUCAACCUUCAAAACGUUAUCGUUUCCAAAGGCGGACGAUGUACAAACGCUUCUCUCCGCGGCGUUAACUAACGAGCAGACGUGUCUGGAGGGACUUACCACCGCCGCUUCGUCCUCAGCCACGUGGACAGUGCGAAACGGCGUCGCUUUGCCUCUCGUCAAUGACACGAAGCUCUUCAGCGUCUCGCUCGCUCUCUUCACCAAAGGAUGGGUCCCAAAAAAGAAGAAACGGGCCGGGUUUCCUUGGGCCCACCCGAGAUCCGGAACAUCCACUCACACCAAACCGUUCCGUCUGUUCCGAAACGGAGCUCUGCCGUUAAAAAUGACAGAACGAACGAAAGCCGUUUACGAAUCUCUCAGCAGGAGAAAACUCGCCGACGGUGCCGGUGACGGAGACGACGGAAGCAUGGUUUUGAUAAGCGACAUCGUCACCGUGAUGCAAGACGGAACCGGGAACUUCACCAAUAUCACGGCGGCCGUCGCGGCUGCUCCGAAUAAUACCGACGGGAGCGGCGGGUUCUUCUUGAUUUACGUGACGGCGGGGAUAUACGAAGAAUACGUUUCGAUCGCGAAGAACAAAAGGUACGUGAUGAUGAUCGGCGACGGGAUAAACCAGACGGUGGUCACGGGGAAUAGAAGCGUCGUCGACGGUUGGACAACUUUUAACUCCGCCACCUUUGCUGUGACAGCACCGAACUUCGUUGCGGUGAACAUAACUUUCCAGAACACAGCCGGACCAGAGAAGCACCAGGCGGUUGCGUUACGGAGCGGUGCAGAUUUCUCAAUCUUCUAUAGCUGUAGUUUCGAGGCCUAUCAAGAUACGCUCUACACGCAUUCUCUAAGACAGUUUUAUAGAGAAUGCGAUGUCUACGGAACGGUCGAUUUUAUAUUUGGAAACGCGGCUGUUGUGUUUCAGAAUUGCAAUCUAUAUCCGAGAAAACCGAUGCCCAACCAGUUCAACGCAAUCACCGCACAAGGCAGGUCUGAUCCGAACCAGAACACGGGUACGUCGAUUCAAAACUGUACUAUUAAACCAGCGGCUGAUCUUGCUUUUAGUAACUAUACGGUCGAGACGUAUUUGGGUCGACCGUGGAAGAAUUAUUCACGGACGGUUAUCAUGGAAUCGUACAUUGAUGGUUUUGUCGAACCGGUUGGUUGGAGAGAAUGGAACGGCGAUUUCGCAUUGAGUACGCUAUACUACGCUGAGUAUAAUAAUACAGGACCUGGUUCAAACACUACAAACCGAGUUACAUGGCCCGGUUACCACGUGAUUAAUUCGACUGAUGCAGCUAAUUUCACAGUCACUGGUUUAUUUCUCGAAGAUGAUUGGAUUUGGAAGACCGGAGUGCCUUAUACCAGCGGUUUGAUUUCAUAAUAUACAUUUUUGUUACUUGCUCUUAGUUAUUUCUUUUUUCAAUUAAUUAAUUUGAAGAAAGAACCUGUAUUCUUUGUGUUGGAACUGUAACAAACCGAAAACCUAGCUCAACGCCAAAGAAAUGUAGGGCCUUAUAAUCUAAGUUUGAUAUUAUAUAUAAACACACAGAGAAAUCCCAAAA